AUGGAGGUCAUCAAGACGAGGAUUGCGGCAAAUCGAGGCGACAGUUUUCCCGCCACGUUACGCGCCAUUUGGGCUCGAGGGGGCGUUUUGGGCUUCUACCAAGGUUUGAUCCCGUGGGCGUGGGCCGAGGCAUCGAGCAAAGGCGCGGUGCUGUUUUUCGUCAGUUCCGAUAUCGAGCAUCGAGCGCGGUCGCUCGGACUGUCGGAUUUUGCCAGUGGUCUCAUCGCCGGUAUGGCAGGCGGCGCCGCGCAGGCGUACAUGGUCAUGGGCGUCUGCACGCGGAUGAAGACGGUCGAGAUCACGAAACGGCGCGACACCCCCGGGCACCCGCGGACGUCGACGUGGACCGAGUUGCGCGAAAUCUGGAACCGCGACGGCAUCCGUGGCGUCAACAGGGGGGCGAACGCCGUCGCCCUGCGUCAGAUGUCUAACUGGGGCUCGCGUCUGGCAUUUGCCCGACUGUCCGAGGACGUGGUGCGGCGGCUGACCGACAAAAGGUCAGAGCAGAGGCCGGGGCCGACGGAAAAGGUUCUCUGCGCCGCCAUCGGCGGAGGCCUGGCAUGUUGGAACCAGCCGAUUGAGGUCGUCCGCGUCGAGAUGCAAAGGAGCGUCGUCGACGACCCCAACCGACCGAAGCGCCUGACGACGUGGUCCGCCCUGGCAUACGUGUACCGGAGCAGCGGCGUCCGCGGCCUGUACCGCGGCGUCCUGCCCCGAAUGUGUCUCGGAAUCUGGCAGACCAUCUGUAUGGUGGCCCUGGGUGACAUGUACGUUAUAUCACAAGGAUUGCCGUCAUAG